GGGACGGUCACCUCGCCUCCAGGGCCACCUGGGUCCUUUUAAAGUGUCCGGGGUGCGGGCUCCGGGCGGGAGCGCGGAUCACGGAAUGUUUUCUUAAAGGGCCAGUUCCGAACAGCGCCGAAAAGGAGGGGGGGUGGAGGGGGGGGAGAGAGAGAGUGAGGGAGAGAGAGAAGUGAGGUGAAGACCGGGAAGGCCGAGGAGAGCCCCCCAAUCCCGCGCCGAGGCGGCGGCGGCGGUGGCGCGACGAUGAGGAUGAUGAAUACAUUGCAAAGUUUUUUUGGCCCCGGCGAGGGGUGUCAGAUUGAGUGCUCUGUGCGCAUGUGCGAAGGUGUCCAAACUGACAAUGCUUGGGAGAUGAAGAUAGUGUGUAGCCGCUUCUGGGCUCUAGGAGGAGGAGAGAGAUUCCGCGAGCCGACACCAUGCGAUCCAAGGCGAGGGCGAGGAAGCUAGCCAAAAGUGACGGUGACGUUGUAAAUAAUAUGUAUGAGCCCGACCCAGACCUGCUGGCCGGCCAGAGUGCCGAGGAGGAGACCGAGGACAGCAUCCUGUCCCCCAUCCCCAUGGGGCCACCGUCCCCCUUCCCCACCAGCGAGGACUUCACUCCCAAGGAGGGUUCACCCUACGAGGCUCCUGUCUACAUUCCAGAAGACAUUCCGGUCCCACCAGACUUCGAACUGCGAGAGUCCUCCAUCCCAGGAGCCGGAUUGGGGAUCUGGGCCAAGCGGAAGAUGGAAGUCGGGGAGAGGUUUGGCCCCUACAUGGUGGCGCCCCGGGCCACGCUGAAGGAGGCCGACUUCGGAUGGGAGCAGAUGCUGACUGACACGGAGGUGUCCUCCCAAGAGGGCUGCAUCAAAAAGCAGAUCUCUGAAGACCUGGGCAGUGAGAAGUUCUGCGUGGAGGCUAACCAGGCAGGGGCUAGCAGUUGGCUCAAAUACAUCCGUGUGGCAUGCUCUUGCAAUGACCAAAACCUCACCAUGUGUCAAAUCAACGAGCAGAUCUAUUAUAAAGUCAUCAAGGACAUUGAGCCGGGUGAGGAGCUGUUGGUGCAUGUGAAGGAAGGGUCCUACUCCCUGGGCGUUGUGGCCCCCUGCCUGGAUGAGGAUCCCACAUUCCGCUGUGACGAGUGUGACGAGCUCUUCCAGUGCAAGUUGGACCUGCGGCGCCACAAGAAAUACACCUGCGGCUCCGCAGGGGCCCCACUCUAUGAGGGCCUGGGGGAAGAGCUCAAGCCUGAGGGCCUCGGCGGGGGCGACGGACAAGCACACGAGUGCAAGGACUGCGAGAGGAUGUUCCCCAACAAGUACAGCUUGGAGCAACACAUGAUCGUCCACACAGAGGAGCGUGAAUACAAGUGUGACCAGUGCCCCAAAGCCUUCAACUGGAAGUCCAACCUCAUCCGUCACCAGAUGUCCCAUGACAGCGGCAAGCGCUUCGAAUGUGAAAACUGCGUCAAGGUCUUCACGGACCCCAGCAACCUGCAGCGGCACAUCCGCUCACAGCACGUUGGCGCCCGAGCCCACGCCUGCCCCGACUGCGGCAAGACCUUUGCUACAUCCUCCGGCCUCAAGCAACACAAACAUAUCCACAGCACGGUGAAACCGUUCAUAUGUGAGGUCUGCCACAAGUCCUACACACAGUUCUCCAACCUGUGCCGGCACAAGCGGAUGCACGCCGACUGCCGGACGCAGAUCAAGUGCAAAGACUGCGGCCAGAUGUUCAGCACUACCUCCUCCCUCAACAAGCACCGGCGCUUCUGCGAAGGCAAGAACCAUUACACGCCGGGCAGCAUCUUCACCCCGGGCCUGCCCUUGACCCCCAGUCCCAUGAUGGACAAGACGAAACCCUCCCCCACCCUCAACCACGGGGGCCUAGGCUUCAACGAGUACUUCCCCUCCAGGCCUCACCCCGGGAGCCUGCCCUUCUCUGCCGCCCCUCCAGCCUUCCCCACACUCACUCCCGGCUUCCCCGGCAUCUUUCCUCCGUCCUUGUACCCUCGGCCACCUCUGCUACCUCCCACACCGCUGCUCAAGAGCCCCCUGAACCACGCGCAGGACGCCAAGCUCCCCAGCCCCCUGGGAAACCCGGCCCUGCCCCUCGUCUCUGCGGUCAGCAACAGCAGUCAGAGCGCCGCGGCAGCCCCGGGCCCCGAGGAGAAGUUUGAUGGUCGCCUGGAAGAUGUAUACGUGGAGAAGGUCAAAACCAGGAGCCCCGACAUGUCCGACGGCAGUGACUUCGAGGAUAUCAACACCACGACAGGGACAGACUUGGACACCACCACGGGGACAGGCUCAGAUCUGGACAGUGAUGUGGACAGUGACCGAGACAAGGUCAAGGACAAAGGCAAGCCGGUGGAGGGCAAGCCUGAGAUCGGGGGCGGAUCGGUGCCCCCCGGGGCCAUGAACAGCGUGGCCGAGGUGCCCGUCUUCUACUCACAGCACUCCUUCUUCCCGCCGCCCGAGGAGCAGCUGCUGACGGCCUCGGGCGCCGCGGGGGACUCCAUCAAGGCCAUCGCAUCCAUCGCCGAGAAGUAUUUUGGCCCCGGCUUCAUGGGCAUGCAGGAGAAGAAGCUGGGCUCGCUGCCCUACCACUCGGUGUUCCCCUUUCAGUUCCUCCCCAACUUCCCCCACUCCCUCUACCCCUUCACGGACCGAGCCCUCGCCCACAACUUGCUGGUCAAGGCUGAGCCAAAGUCGCCCCGGGAUGCCCUCAAAGUGGGCGGCCCCAGUGCCGAGUGCCCCUUCGACCUCACCACCAAACCAAAAGAAGCCAAACCUGUCCUGCCCACGCCCAAGGUGUCCUUGGUCCCCGCAACCGGGGAGGAGCAGCCGUUAGACCUGAGCAUCGGUAGCAGAGCCCGUGCCAGCCAGAACGGAGGUGGCAGGGAACCCCGGAGGAACCACAUCUACGGCGAGCGGAAGCCGGGGGUUGGUGAGGGGCUGCCUAAGGUGUGCCCGGCACAGCUGCCCCAGCAACCCUCCCUGCACUACGCCAAGCCCUCACCCUUCUUCAUGGAUCCUAUCUACAGCAGGGUAGAAAAGCGGAAGGUAACAGACCCCGUGGGAGUCCUGAAGGAGAAGUAUCUGAGGCCGUCCCCACUACUGUUCCAUCCCCAGAUGUCAGCCAUCGAAACCAUGACAGAGAAGCUGGAGAGCUUUGCAGCCAUGAAGGCGGACUCGGGCAGCUCCCUGCAGCCCCUGCCCCACCACCCCUUCAACUUCCGGUCUCCACCCCCAACGCUCUCAGACCCCAUCCUCAGGAAGGGCAAGGAGCGGUAUACGUGCAGGUACUGUGGCAAGAUCUUCCCCAGAUCCGCAAAUCUCACAAGACACCUGAGGACACAUACCGGGGAACAGCCAUACAGGUGCAAGUACUGCGACCGGUCGUUCAGCAUCUCCUCCAACCUCCAGCGGCACGUGAGGAACAUUCACAACAAGGAGAAGCCGUUCAAGUGCCACCUGUGCAACCGGUGCUUUGGGCAGCAGACCAACCUGGACCGGCACCUGAAGAAGCACGAACACGAGGGUGCACCAGUGAGCCAGCACUCCGGGGUGCUCACGAACCAUCUGGGCACCAGCACCUCCUCCCCCACCUCCGAGUCCGACAACCAUGCACUUUUGGACGAGAAGGAAGACUCCUACUUCUCUGAGAUCAGAAACUUCAUCGCCAACAGCGAGAUGAACCAGGCAUCCACGAGAACAGACAAACGGCCUGAGAUCCAGGACCUAGAUGGCAACCCCCAGUGCCCAGGUUCAGCCAAUGCAAAGCCAGAGGAUAUAGAAGAGGAGGAGGAGGAAGAGCUGGAGGAGGAGGAUGACGACAGCCUGGCUGGAAAGUCUCAGGAGGACACUGUGUCUCCCACGCCUGAGCCCCAAGGAGUCUACGAGGAUGAGGAGGACGAGGAGCCACCCAGUUCCCUGGCUGUGGGCUUCGACCACACCCGAAGGUGCAUUGAGCGAGGAGGCGGUCUGUUAGCUUUGGAGCCGACGCCAACCUUUGGGAAGGGGCUGGAUCUCCACAGAGCAGCUGAGGAAGCAUUUGAAGUUAAAGAUGUGCUUAAUUCCACCUUAGAUUCUGAGACUUUAAAACAGACCCUGUACAGGCAGGCUAAGAACCAGGCAUAUGCAAUGAUGCUGUCCCUUUCUGAGGACACUCCUCUCCACGCCCCCUCCCAGAGCUCACUGGAUGCUUGGUUGAACAUCACUGGGGCUUCAUCGGAGUCCGGAGUCUUUAACCCCAUCAAUCACCUCUGAGGUCCUUGGAGGUCUCAGGACCAGAGUCCAAAGCCAGGGUAGCAGCUGCAGGGGACAGAGGUGCCUCCGGGGAGGAGCUCCCGACACUUCACUUCGCCUCUCCUCUGUGUCCAGUCGCCCACCCUCCGUGGCUCAAGUCCAGCUUCUCCAGCUUCUCCGGUGACUGAGAACCGGAAGGUCCUUCAAGCAGCCACUCACCUUCAUGACCUCUCAGAACUGGCCUUGAGGAUGAGUCUGCAGCACUGCUGGGCGGCCGCGCAGGAGCUGCUCCCAGGAGCAGUUCAUCAGAUACAUGCUGGGUGAGGGUGGGCUCUGCAUCCUGACAGGAGCCAGUCAGCCACUUCUGGGCACUUGCGCAGUAUCAAAGGAGGGAACAGAGAGAGAGAGAUGUGAGCUUGUUCUAUGGAGAGAGACCUCGCAAAUGAUUUUUAUAAUGAAAAUACAUGGAUAACCCUUUUGGUAAUCUUAUUGACUAUAGAGUCUAUUUAAGCAUGUGGGUUUUAAAAAUAGACAGUAUUUUUUAAAAAAUCAAAAAAAAGACUUGCAAAUUGUUUUUUUAAAAGUAAUUUUGCAUUGCUUUGAAAUUUCAGCUUAUUGGCAAACCCACACCUCCCGGGGCAUCCAGUACCGCUUAGCUGUGCCCUUUAUACUGUAGAUAAUGGAGAAUUUUCUAUUUCUGACCCUGUUUGUACAAGCCAAGGUGAUUCUGGGUGCCCCCAAGACGGAAUAAGGGUCAUGGAGCCACUCAUCUGAACAGCAUGCAGACUCUCUACGCAGGAAUGCUUGGACAUGGUGCCUGGCCACAGGCUUGCAGAGGCCGGAACAGGGAGAUGGCCUUGCCCCAUGCAGCCUGCAGGAAUCCACAGGCCCCACCCAAGACCCCCCAAUUGUAUGGGGAAGUCGGGAGCCGGUGGCUCAGGUCAUCCAUGCCAGACACGAUGGUCUUUCCCCGUCUGCUGCUCCAGUGCUGCCCUUGGUUGCUGCUGAAGGCAGGGGCUCUGAGUCACAUCUGGGCCUCCAGCCUCCUCCCCUCCCCAACCCUGGCAGUCUGGUGUUCUCCCCAUGGUCACUGACUCCAUGCCCCCAGGACGCCAAGCACUACCUGUGCCUAAGACUCCUCGGGGUCAACCGCGCCCAGCCCCCACUUCCACACUUUGUGUGGGUUCCUGGCAAGAUGUGGUCAGGAACAGAAGGGGGCCAUUCAGGGGACCCACCUCAAAGAGCAGAGACAGCACAGCCCCCGGGGGACCAGACGCCUUUGCGCCCUUGGGGUGUGUCUGCUUCUCCACUUGGAUGGGCUUUAAAUUAUUCCCAUAGGGGCCAAUUUCAAAUACUUUUUUCCCUGAUGGAAUUUACCUUAAUCUGUAUAUAACUUGUAAUUUUUUCUAAUUCAUUUCUUUCCUUAUUUUAUUUCUUCCUUAACAGUAUUUUUGGCAUUAGACAACUUAUUGUGAAGAAACAAUGUUAAUAUAAGUAUCUAGUGACGGACCAAAACCAUGUGAUAAGGUUGUGAUUGUGUGAUCGAUAAUUAGGGAGUGGGGCAGUUUUUAAUGUGCCAAAUACCCGUGUCCCCCAAGGAAUCCUGCUGCCACUGCUGCCCAGACAAUCAUGCUUUUGUUAAAUCUGAGUUUCAGUUGCAUUUAAGACAAAUGUCCUAUUUAUUUCUUUUAUUGUUUGGAAGGAAAAAAAAAAAAAAUGAGCGUCCUAACAAAGAGAGGAAAAAAAUCGCCAAAAUCACCCUUACAAAAAAGUGCGUCGGUACGAGCGUGUCACACCACAGGUUUGUCUGUGCCGUUUCCCUCCAAGUGGACGCAUCCACGCGUGCUGUAGCCGCUCCCCGCCAAAGACAAUCGUCUCUGCCAAAGUGGCCUGAUCCAGGCUGGUGCUGGAGACUGCUGAUGGGGAGUCCCCGCUGACGCCAGCAACCUGCAGGUCACAGGGAAGGGGACUCGCCCCCUUACUGAAUCCCAGUGACCUGAGUUGGAGAGAACUGGCCUGUGUGCACACCAAGGCCUCGUUUACACGCGCACACUGGAAAGACAGCCCCGCUCAUAGCCGAGGUUUUAAGGACGUGCAGACCCAACUGUUCAAGCCUCUUCACAGGCCCGUGCUAUCCCCUAGGCUAAUGGGCCAGGCCUCAGCUUAGGAAUUCCAGUUUCCUCUAGAUGGGCUCCCUGUAAAAGUUCCACUUCAGAUAUAAGUGCUCCACCUCCGUAAACCCCAAUUAUAUGUUUUCUUCUAAGAAAGAGUAAGGUGUGUGCUUUUUUUCACGCUGUGAUUUUCUCUCUCUAAAAUGGGAAGUCUGUCUGGAUAGGGACCUCUGUGCAUCUUUUGGGCAGUAGCAGAGCAGCUGAGGUUCCUUCACCCUCUUUGGACCUCCCUGUCCCUCUGUCUUAAUUCCUUAACCAUUCUGUUCUUCCCCGUCCCAGGAGCCCCCAGUCCCAGUU